UAAAAAAUUGCGUUGACGUUUUGUUGAGAUAAUUCUGUAGAUCGAGUAGUAGCGUUUUUGGCACAGCAAUGUCGUCAGGUCUUGUUGAAACUUUAUUACAAUUAUCGUUUUAUUCUUUUUUCUGUGAAAUACUAUAAGAUAAUAUUAGGUGAUGAUGGUUGUUAAGAGCGUUUAGUGGAAGGGUAUAGAUUUUGGCAUUGGAAACUCAUCCGUUUUUUCAUUAUUACCAUUAUAACAUAUUUUUUCAAUGAUUUAAUCUCACAAAUCAAAAUGUUCACAAAGGAAAAGUAACGCCUCAGUUUCCGACAACAAAACUGCAAUAAUCCGCGGCAACUAAUCUGCAUUCCUAGAGAACAUGAAGUACCACUUUGUCUACACGGAAACCCUUCAAAAUGCUGUCAUGUUCUCGUCAAACUGAGCAGCCAUUCAAAAAUGGAUGGAAAUUGAUGAGAUUUUGAUCCAUCUCCUUGGUGAGCAUUCAAGUUUGACGGAGUUCAAGUCACGCAGUUGGCCGUCUUAUGCCUCCUAAACAGAAACGUCUAUGAGCUUCUGCCUUCAGGAUUCCUCGCCUUGGAACGUCAAAGAAAAGCCAUAUGGAUCAUAUUAUGUAACCUCGAGUUCGCCAAGUGUAAAAGGAAACUACGUUCAAAAUUAUCUAACGGGAGCCGAUUUGCCUAAAUCAACUCGAGCCAAAAUCAAUAUCCGAAAUCACGAAAGUCGAAGCAGACUAAGGGACAAGCAUUUGCUGGUCUAAGUUUACUAUCGAACAAAGGAGAAAAGAAUGUCGAAAGCACUGCGACAAGUUACUUUUGCCGAUGAUCUAGUAUCUGAAUUUCGUGUGAAGACUCAAUUGGAUCAUCAUUUGCUGUGCCCAGUUUGUAAAAAGCGUUACGUUUCACCGCUUUUGUUGCCGUGUCUUCACUCGAUUUGCAAAUCGUGUUUGGAUGAUAACCGUGUUGCGCCAAAAAACGGUAAAAUUCCGCGCUGCCCUUCAUGUCCGCAGCCGUUGGAUUUAACCCGCGAAUACCCAGUGAACUUCGUGUUGAACAACCUCGUCAAUACAGCAGCGUUAGGUGACAAUUCCCAUCACCUCAUUUCGUGUGAUUCGUGUGAUGCGAAUGGCGAGAUUGUAAGCAUGAGAUGCGACGAUUGUUUCCAGUUUCUUUGUAAUUUUUGCGCUACGGCGCACCGGCGAAUGAGCGCAACCAGGACUCACAAUUUAACGUCAGUUCAUAAGCUUCGAAACCAGACUUUUACUAGUAUAUCCAGACCUUGUUUCUGCGCUUUGCACGCGGGAAAUCAAAUCAUGUAUCUCUGCGUAACAUGUACCGAGCCAGUCUGCCGCGAAUGCGUGGUAAGCAAACACCAGGAACACAAACUAGAGAAACCAGAAAAGAUCUCUAAGGAUCUUAGGUUCCAUUUGGGUAACAUGUCUGAUAAAUUAAAGCGCAAGAGAAAAGACGUGAACGACUCUGUUAAUGUUAUAUACGAGGCGAUAACAAAAUUAGAAAAACACUACCAGACCGUGCGUAGCUCUAUAGAGGAUUAUUUUGAAACGUUGGUUCUUGCGGUGAAGCGAAGGAUGAAAUCAUUGCUUGCGGAAUUGGACUCUAGAAGCGAGUCGAAGCUUGAUAAGCUCCGUACGGAGAAGGUUCGUCUGGAGGCGUGCCUUAGGGGUGCACAGGGCUCGUGCGAAUUCGCGGAAACUGUUCUCUCAGAGGGUAACGAUCUCGAGGUGGUUAGCGUGACUCAUAUGCUAAAUGAGAGGAUUGCGGGUUUGUACCAAGACUUAAAGGACUCACCGACAGAAUUUGACGAUAAAGAUGAUAUAAUGUUUACGGCUAAUGACGACGGGAUACUUGAACGACUAGACAAGUCGGGCGACCUUGUAGACAAUAGAAUCCCCACGGACCCCUCCCUAAGUAAAAUUUCACCGAACGCCUUGCACGUGACGUCUGGACAGGUGUCUCAGUUUGAAUUGACAGCUGUCAAUCAGAAAGGCUUAAACCAAUCCAAAGGUGGGGAUGAGCUAAGGGUUGUGUUGACGUACUCUAGUGGUCGUGGAAGCAUCGAUAAUUCAGGAUUUCGGUACAACGUAACUGAUCACAACAAUGGAAGCUACACUGUCAACUUCGUCGUCACAAAACCAGAUAGCUAUAAAAUGCACGUGCUGCUCGAUGGGGGUGCUGUGGAAAGCUCACCGUUAGUACUUACUGUGACUCCCAAGGACUGGAUCGGGAGUGGAUGUAUUAUUAGAGGGGAGGACUGGGGUGGGUUUGCCAACCCACACAGCGUUGUGAUUGGUCCAAGAGAGAAUAUGAUUGUCGCAGAUUCCAAUAAUCACAAGGUCAAGGUUAUUGGAGCAAAUGGUCAGCUGAUGGGCACAAUUGGCACUCAAGGGGGAGGGGAAGGGGAAUUUAAUUUUCCUUACUGCCUCUGUACGGACCAACAAAAGAAUUUCUUGAUCGUGUCAGAUGGACAUAACAACCGUGUACAGAUCCUUACAAGCGCAGGUCGAUUUGUAAAGAGCUUUGGGAUUGCUGGUGGUGGAGACGGCUGUUUUAAUCUCCCUCACGGUGUCGCGACGGAUCCAAGCGAUAACAUCUACGUCGCGGACUCGGGAAACAGCAGGCUGCAGAUCUUCACCCCAGAGGGAUACUACAUGAGGAAGGUAGUGUCCGAUCAGCUAAACCGACCGUGGGGCGUGGCUAUCACCCCAAGAGGACAAAUAGUGACCACGGAUUACAACAAUCAUAAGGUCUUUGUGUUCCAUAGAAAUGGAAAGCUGGACUUUUGCUUUGGUAGCAGAGGGGACGGGGACGGGGAGUUUAAUAACCCUGCUGGUAUUACUAUUGAUAGUGAUGGACAGUUUGUGGUCGCUGAUCGCAGCAAUCAUCGGGUUCAGAUUUUCCAGCCGGAUGGAACAUUUGUGACAAAGUUUGGCGGAAAAGGGACUGGGGAUGGGUUGAUGAGGUUCCCGACUGGGGUCGCUGUGGACAAGGCGGGGCAUCUUUAUGUUGCUGAUACCUUCAAUAACAGGAUUCAAGUCUUUUCUCUUGCUGCUGUGUGAAAUUACCUGCAACAUUCUUUGCAACACGCACGUGUGCACGCAAUACAGACAACAUCUAAAUUGUUAGCAACAGCAACCUUUUUUCUUCAGCAUGUGGAGUUGCAUGCAAUACACAUGCGAUAUGAACUGUAAGUCAAUUUACAAUUUUAUAGCUUGAUGCUGCUGUAUUACGACACAUUGUGUAUAGGUGAGAUGUAGUUGCAACAUACUCUUUCGCUGUAUUGAAUGUAGACUAGACAUCUAUGGAUAAUUGUAUGAGCAUUAAAAAUAACAGACGUUAAGAAUAA